AUCAUUCAUAUUGGUGAAGCAGCCAGGAGGAAUCAUGACAGUAAAAUUCAACAAAAGAAACUUGAAAUUCUUACUGCUAACCAGUAUUGUUCUAACUCUUCUAAUUUUGCUGUCAUUAGACAAUUGUGAAAGGAUUAAAAAUAUUGUAAAUAGGAGAAAAAUUAAAGACUGUCCGCUAAAACGGCAAAUAUCACCACUGACUUUUAUGCCGUUAAGAAGACAAAUUGAACACGAAAGAAAUUUGUGGAGUAAAUUAGACGCUAAUAAUUGGCCACCGGAACGCUUCUUUUCAAAUGUUAACCUAACGGAGGAAGAUGACGGCGAACAAACUGUAAAAUUAAUAAAUUUCAACAAAAAAUGGCCGCUGCCGUUAUCCCCUGUAGAGUCUGGAGGAAGGUAUAUAUUGUACGAUUGCCAUAAACAAGGUUGUGGUGGAUGGGGUAAUAGACUAAUGGGUAUACUAAGUGCAUAUUUUCUAGCAAUUAUGACGGAUAGAUCGCUCAUUAUUCGAAUAACGAAACCGUGUAGUAUAACGAAAUUUCUAAAGCCGAGAAUGGUCGAUUGGUACGUAGAAGAAGACGAUUUUGAAUUAGAUACUAAGAAAUCAUUUACUCUUCCAAUUCCGAGGAGGUUAUCAGUUGGCGUUCUUAAAAAAUUAAUCGAUGCCUUAAUGAAUAGGAAACAAAAGAUUGUCUCUUAUACAGUUGCCGUACCAGCCUACGUGAUGAUGUUUGCCAAACAAAAGAGUAUAAGAGAAUUACUAUUAAAGAAAGGAUUUACUGAAGAAGAGCUUUCAGAGUUAAACUAUUUUCAAAUACCAACAAAAUAUAACGUUUAUGAUAUACUCUUUAAGCUACAACCAGAAUUACAAGCAAAAAAGGAUGAAAUUCUGUCUGCAGUUUGUAAACGAAAAUUAAUAUGCGCUCAUCUUAGAACUGGAGCAUUGGAAAAUCCAAAUAGUUAUAUGGUAAAAGUUGUUAGAGCAAAGGAAAUGAUAUAUAAAUUUCUCGAAAGGCAAUUGGAGAGGAGGGAAUUCGAACACGCUAAAGUGUUUAUCGCCUCCGAUUCGAAAGAAAUUGAAACUGAUUAUAAAAGAAGAUUCGGUAAGAAGGCUCUAAUUGUUCGAGGAUCUAUCGUUCACGUAGAGAGGUGGAAAGAUAAAUCUGUUGAUAAAAAUACAGCUUGCGACGGCUUUGCGAAGGUAAUACUCGAUUGGGAGAUUUUAGGAGAAUGUAAUCUGUUAGUUAGUCUACCUGGUCGAACUUUUGCGGCUACAUCGAUUAUGAGGAACAUACACAGAAAAGAAAUAUACACUCUAUCGUUCAGCGCCGACGAACCUUUUAUAGCUCCGAUGGUAUCUUUUCAAAGGCCUCAUUUGAGAAAGCUGAGGAAAGAGAUUGAAGGCAUAUCGUAUAUAAAUUGUAAUCUAACAACGAAAGUUCUAGAUUAUAGUACUUGCUAUCGAUAGAUAUACUGUUAAGUUUUUGUAUGAAAAAUCAUCAUAAGUAAGACGAUAAUGGUUGAUUAUUUACCAAGUUUACCAUUUUCUUUUCAAGUUGCUUAUCGUAUAAAAAUGUUAACGUAUUUUUUAUACAAAUACUUCAAUAAAUACCCUUAUAAACCUCUAUAUUUAUUAUACUUGAUAUAGUUCUUAAACUAUUGUGUUCUAAUGAGCUUCCCUUAUCAGUUAUCUAUCAACCAGGCAAUGCUUUAGUUUAAUUCAUUUUUUUAAACAAACAGCUGGCAAACGAUUCUCCUAACAAGCUACACAAAUAAAUAAACUUUACUACAACGAAGAUAAAGUCUUUUUAUAUUGAUUCAAUCAUUGAUUAUAGCCUAGAAAGUUCCCUUAUUGAAAACAACCGAUAUUGAAGGAGAGAGAGAGAGAGAGAACGAUGUUCUAAGAGUUGCUGAUAAAGUAGAUUGGUGGAAAGGGUUGUACACGAAUUAAAGCUAUUAAUUUAUUAAUAAUCAUUUAACCUGUUCAAUUCUUUUCCUGAUAAAGGAAAACAGAAUGGAUAUUUCUAGCAGACACAAAUCUAUUAACUAUUGAGUGUUUUUUUACUCAUCGAUCCUGUCAAAUGACUCCCGAGAUUAAACUCUUGCUUAUUUUCAUUAGAUAAAAAUAUCAGUUGAAAGAUUUUUUUCCAUUUUUCAUGAAUAGGCGUUUAAAUGUUUGGAAACGCUCUUCAAAAUUAAUGAGAAAAGAAAUAACGAUUGGGAAAGGGAAAUUUCUCUGAACUCUGGUUGUGGAAAGGAUUUUUGACGAGAUAGAGCUGUACUUUUACAGAAAUCACACCAGAUUUCACCUUUCAUCAUCUUUAUGAUUAAUCGGGGUUUGAGAGAGUUGGUUUUGAUUGCAAAAUUCUAUCAGAAUACAAUUUACGUGGGGCGAGACAUUUGAAGAGAGAAAUAUACAAUAUCAUUACCAUAGAGUUGAUGAGCCAUUUGCAGCUCCAUCGGCUUCUUUCCAGUCACGUUUAUGUAUGCUUGUCUCUCAUUUAUAAUAUUUACGUUUAUCAGUUAAUCUUUAGAUUGUGACACAUCGAUUGUUAGAGUGUAUUAAUUGUCUCUUAAAGACGAAAAUACGCUUUACAUAACAAUUAGUGUUUUAGAUCGUGUUUGUUUGUUUGUUUGUUUAUUUGUCUGUCCCUAAUAGAUAUGUUUUGAACUUCAUCACUACACAUUGUGCCAAAAAACAUUAAGACAUAAGGAAUUGUAACACAAAAUUUAUCAUAUUUCUUUAAAUAUUUACAGUUAAUUAAUUAUAUGAUGCGAAGCCUUCGUUGCAUUUAAGAUUUGUUUGCAAGACGAUUGGCUAUGGCUAUAUUCUCAACAAUUUUAAUUGUCUGCAUCUUGCUGUAUGACCUUACUGGAGAAAAAAAUGUAAAAUCUGCAAAUUUUUGAUAAAAAGAAAAGCAAAGAAAUAUAAGAGCUGUUGUUGUUAUUAAUGUCUUAAAGAUUUUUGAGAAAGAGAGGGAAGGAAAGAAGGAAUGAAUGAAAAAGAGAGAGAGAGAGAGAGAGAGAGAAAGCAAAACAACUAAAAAGAGAAAGAAAUAUGAGAAGUAAGGAAAAAAAAACAACUUUGUUAUCUAACGGUAUUGAAAUACAUAUAGUGUCAAAUAGAGGAAGUAUAUCAUUUUCCUCCUAUCUGAUAGAAGAGCAUGGUAAAAUUUUUCAUGAAUAAAAAAUAUUCAUGUACUUGUAAAGGAAGACUCUAAUUUCAAUAUAACAUUAGAAAUAACGAAAGAAUGACUUUUCUCUCU